UCUGUACAGAAGAUCUAUUACGGAUUUGUUUACGAUUUGCUCACUAUGUCAAAAAAAGUUGGAAUAGUUGGUUUCGGACAUUUAGGCCAGUUCCUGUUUUCUGAAAUUAAGAAAAGAAAUGACCUGGAAUUGGUCUUUGUUUGGAAUCGUACAGCGGCAGCACUAACUGGGCAUGUCCCCGAGGAAUUAAUACUCCAUGACCUCAAUGACUUCAAGAACAGAUGUGCAGACCUGAUUGUAGAGGUGGCCCACCCAACCAUAACACAAGAGUACGGCCCAUUGUUUUUACAGCAUGCAGACUACAUGAUUGGCUCCCCUACAGCUCUGGCAGAUACCCGAUUAGAAACCAGCCUUCGAUCAGCUGCCACAAAACAUGGAUUGUACAUUCCACAAGGAGCUUUCUGGGGUGGUGAAGAUAUCAGAAAAAUGGCAGAUAGAGGAACUCUCCAGGCUUUACGAGUCACAAUGAAGAAACAUCCGUCCUGUUUCCUGCUGAAUGGAGAGAUUGAGGUGUUAAACAAAACUGUCACAGACACGCCAGUCAGGUUAUAUGAAGGCAGUGUUGGUGGUUUGUGUCCCCUGGCUCCUAACAACGUGAACACAAUGGCAGCCGCCGCUUUGGCUGCGCACAAUUUGGGCUUCGAAAAAGUUCAAGGAGUUUUGGUGUCGGACCCAAGUUUAACUAACUGGCAUAUUGUUGAGGUUGAGGUCUGGGGACCUGGAGAUAUAGAGGCUGACAAAACAUUUUACUGCAAGACAGUUCGUCGCAAUCCCGCAGCCUUAGGGGCAGUGACUGGUUCAGCGACAUAUGUUUCAUUCCUCAGCAGUGUAUUAGGUGCUCAUGGCAAAGGACCAGGUGUUCACUUAUGUUAGGGAGACGCACAAAAGGAGCCAGUAUCUGCAACUUGAAGAGAUUUUUCUUGGAUUGAAAAGAGUUUGUGACAGGCUAGAGGUCUUCCGAUGUUUUUCUUGGACCAAUUCCUCCUUCAGAUUUGAAUGCUACAGAGGUGAUGGCUAAUAACUAGCUUACCAUGUCAAUGUUCUGUACCUUGCAUAAGAUCAUAGAGUAUAUUUGGGACUGGGGUUGUCUUCAUGCAUGGUUCAGACAGGGCUGUCACAGGAUAUAGGACAAACAUUGUGUUGACUCUGCUGUUAUUGUUCUAGUCUUCCACUUGUUCAGUGCCUACAUUUUUUAUUGUUAUCUUGUUCAGCAGAGUUUUAUUUACUAGGAUUAACCAUUGUUAAUGUAAUGCAGGGGUUCUCAACCUGUGGGUCACGACCCCCUUGGGGGGUCGAUUGAAGAUUUGCCAGAGGUUGCCUAAGACCAUCAAAAAUAUGGAUUGUUUUUGUCUAUUCUAUUAUUGCUCUGUGUGUGUGUGUGGGGGGGGGUCGCAGCAGUGUGGGGGAUUCUAAAAUGGGGUCGCCGAGCUUGAAAAGUUGAGAACCGCUGAUGUAAUGUAUAUAAAGAUAUAUUUACAUUUGAGUCUACUUAACAAACUUCAGUUCUCCUUGUUUGUUGAACUUGACCCAAAUACAGAAAUCAAUUAUUGGGGACUUUCACGUUGAACUAACUAAUCAAGGACCUGAAAUUUCACUAUUGCCAACUAGAAUAAAAAUAUAAUUUGAGAUACUAACAGAAAAGUUUUUAAAAUGUAAUUUUGCAGUGCUAAAAAAGGUGCUCACAAAUUAUCAUAUAAAUCUUUUUUUUUAAUUUAGCUUACCAACACUUCCUUCAUUCUGUACACUGGAUACGCUAAAAAAACUUGAUAUUUAAAGUUUUUUCACACAUUGAUGAAAAUCUCUACUUCCGGUACUGACAUUUGAGACAAUGAACUCUUCAAAUUUUGUGGAGAAUAAUUCUUAAAAUGUAAUUUUUCAUUUCUUCAUUGUUUUUUUUUAUAUAUUUAAAUUUAACAUUUCUAAUUAAGUCUUAUCAAAAUUUUUCUUGAAUUUUUAAAAAAUAGUGUAUCAAAAAGCAAAGAAGCACAUAAUAUUGAUAGCUAUAGUAGUGCCUUCUAAAGUCCUUUUUUCAACCUCUAAACUCAAAGUCUUGUCUUUUAUGGUCUUCACUUUUCUCUGUGUUUAUAUUGUUUAGAACAUUUGUCUGGUCAGGAAAGUCACUUUUAUUUUAAAGUACUUUCUAUCUUUUCUAUCUUUAGGUCAUCAGUUUCUUUGGCCAACAGUUAACGAGCAGGGUGUCAUGUGGCCAGCACAAUGACUAACCAGUUGUUUUUUUUCCCCAACUUAAGUCAAGCACCCAUUAAAGUUGAUAUUGACUCACGGUUGUCCUUAAAAUUUUGAAAUUCAAAAUCCCAGUUUUCACCAAGAUUUGAACCCAAGACCCCAGGUUCAGAAGCCAAUUGCUUAACCCCUCGGCCACCACACUCCUAUAAAACAGAUGACCUUAACCUUUGCCCUAUUGAUUACAAGGUUUGAAAAGGAGAACUUGUUUAUUGCACAACCCUACAAAUAGUUUUGUACUAAAUACUUCAUUUCAUUCAAUGCACAUAAUGAUAGAUAUAAAAGAGUUCUCUUGUAUUACUCAGAAAGAUUUUAAUUCUAUUCUAUACAAGAUGCUAAUCUUACCUCCUUGGAAGUGUUCUAUAUGAUAGAAGUUUUAUUUGUUUCAUAUGAAAAUAAACUGUCAUUCGAAGACUA